ACAAGCUGACGAAACGGUGAGUUUCGAGAAUAGAGAACUAAGACAGGCUAGCCACAUAGAGAGAGAGAGAGAGAGGGAGCAGUGCCUGAAGCUCUCGUCGGCCGGAGAUCUGAGAAAAUCACCAAAAGGGUCUCAAUUGAAAUGGGUAUGGGCUUCGUGGUAGGCGUCUUUGGAGCCGUAAUUCUCGCCCAUGCCGCUUAUUCAACCAUCCAAUAUAGGGCUCUGCUGAAGAUUGUGGAGGAAGAGUUUUCACGACCCCCAAUAAAUGUGGUGGUUGAGUUGCUUCUAGGAUUAGUCUUCUGUAUGUGGGCGGCGCUGACGGUGCCGGGGAAAUUUCUUUCCAUACUUCCCCAUUCCGAGCAGAAUAGGAUAGUGUCUUUACCAGCGAAUUUAGACUUUAUGAUUUUCAACCAUCGAGGCAAAGUAUUUCCUUUGGAAAUGGAUUUGAAGCUCAAACAUUGAAUCUCCUUUGGGCUUUACUUGAAGAGAAGUCAUUUUCCUGUCUCUUUAAAACUUGGAAAGAGAGAAACAGUGGCACUUGGCCUAUUGCUUAGUUGUUUCAGAUGAUGUCAUUGUAUCAUCUCUUUACUUUCGCAACUUAUUGUAAAAAUAAUUCUCUAUUGGCUACCUUGGUUUGCUAGUUUAAACUUGGGAAUAUAUAUAUAUAAUCUCAAUGGGAUUUUAUU